CGGACGUCAACGGAAUGCACCUACCCCACCAGCUGCGGCUCAAAAUAACUCGUAUGUUCCUCCGGGACGCAACGUACCGGACCUAUUGAAGCCGCUAGGUGUUCUGUACAACGAGGAGAUGUUUUGGCGAGACCACUACGACUGGUUGAAGGAAAAGGGCUACGAACUGAGGUCUAGAUUCUCUCCUAACUGGGUGCCGUCAUGGUGGGGCACGAACGAAUAUUGGAAAAGCAAAGAGGACGCCCAGAUGUCACCGCGGACGUAUCUCGCUGAUGCGACUCGCUUGUCUGACGGUGCCCACGUUGUCAUCAAGUUGAUUUAUCAGCCGGAUCAUCCGCACGAAGUAUCGAUGUCCCGUCUCAUCGGCAUGGGUCCUACGGCGUGCGAUUAUUGCGUUCCUGUCUACGAUGUGCUUCAUGUACCAGAGGAGGAGGACAGUUAUCUCUUGGUUAUGCCUAUCCUACGCGAUUUCGACGAUCCUCCUUUUGAUACGGUUGGCGAAGCUCUGGAGUGUAUCCGUCAGAUAUUCAGGGGUCUCCUUUCCAUGCACGAAAAACAUAUAGCGCAUCGGGACUGCCACGGACGCAAUAUUAUGCUUGACCCUCGACCAAUGUAUCCGGAUUCGUUCAAUUUCGCGAAUCCUCAGAGGCGCAGGGACUAUUCGGCCCCGUUGGAGCAUCUUUAUACCCGUACUCAGCGCCCCACGCGAUACUAUCUCAUAGACUUCGGCAACGCAAAACUCUAUGACCCGUCGAUGGGACCACCUCUGGAUGUCCCUUUCCAGGGUGGGGACAAGACUCUUCCAGAGUUCAAUGAUUACGUUGGUCCCUCCAACCCAUUCGCUGCCGACGUAUAUUACAUUGGCAAUUGGGUUAGGCAAAGUUUCAUGGAUAGGUACCGCGGCUUUGGCUUCCUGAAGCCGCUCGUAGAUCGCAUGGUUCGCCGUAGACCAGACGACAGGCCGUCUAUCCACCAGGCCGUGGCUCACUUGGACGAUAUCCUCAGCGAAAUCCCCACUCGACGUUUGCGGUCACGCGUCAUCCUCAAGUGGGAAGUCCCUCUCUUUGCUCUCGGGACGAUCUACCAUCAUUGGCGACGACGAAUCACUUUCAUGCGUCUCCAUGUUCCAGCCCUUCCGCGGGUAGAGGAAAGUCAUGCGUCAAACAAACCGUCGUCCAUUACACCGGAGGCUAUACCCCUCCCUCCUAGCCCGCCAGCUUCACAAUCCUCCCGACCAACUUCGCCAUCUUGAUCUUUUGAUGCCGCUUCUCCAUGCUCCAAUGCGUCUUGUUUGCUAUGAUGU